AUGAGCUCAAGAGACAACAUUGGCAGCUGCCAAUCACCAUGUGCCUCACACAGAUACAAGCAGAUGUGCCCGUGCAACGCACCUCUGAAUCUGAACCAUAGCCAAGCACUUCUCAGUCUUCAUAUAAUCAGAAGCAUCAUCCAGCGAGGGAGGAGGAUGGCUUCAUUCGUCCCUCACAGGUAGGUGCCACCAUUUGAAAAAAUGGUUUUUAAGUGGUCUUCUAGGGAUUGUUCAGGCUUUAGUGAUUUCGCUUAUACAUGCAAUGGUCAAGAACAUAAGUGAGGUGAGAGUUACCUGUAGUUUUAAGACGAAUAGAAACUUAAGGGCAAGCCUUUAAGUCAGCAUGCUCUCUUAGAGAAGGUUAAGCAGAGUUAAUUGAUGUUGUACAUAUAUGGAUUGUGUGUGUGUGUGUGUGUGUGUGUGUGUGUGUGUGAAAUUCAGCAUUGAAUUUGAAACGUCGUGUUGAACACAAUACAUGGUACCAGGAGUAAAAUAUGUUUUGUGAGGGUAUUAUGGGAUAUUUGAAGGCUCCACAUCUCUCUCAUGUGAAGCAGCUGAGGAAUGGAAGAGGGAAAAGUGUAAGGAGGAGAAAGUGGUAGUUUUAAACAACUGUAGAGAUUCAAACAAAGCGGAGAUGGAGAGGAAAAUUUUGUGGUUUUAAGCAAUGGCAGAGGUUUGAGUAGAGCGAGUGGGUAGACAUUGCAGUGGGAAGAAUGGCUUAAAACAGGGUUUGAAUACAGUGAGAAAGGAGAUGGGAAAGGAUGUUUCCCCCGUUAUUUUUCCUUGUAAAACAAUUUUUAAAAAAACCGUAUUUCUCCCUUCCCAGUCUAUUCAGACCUCUCCCAUUGUUUUAAACCACAACUUUCCCCCUCUCAGUUGUCUCUUUUGUCUUGCUCCCAUGUCACUGCCGCUGCUGUUGUGCAAUCUGUCUUCUCUUUUGUGCCCCUACCCGACUCCAAUUUCAUGCAGUCAGGAUUGUGAUGCGGCACUACAAAUCCUCCAAAGGGGGCUGCAUGAUGACACUCUUAAAGCUUUAUUAUACUUAAGGACCAAUUUAUCCUAACUUUGUGUCUUCCUUCCAGCUACUUGGCUACAUCUCAGAGACAAAAGGCUUAUUAUGUGUAUGUCCUUCAAAUCCUGGGACCCAGGUCUCUGCAGGACUGGCUCUUCAUUAAUUUGGAACAGCAGCAUAUGGAAAUCGUAUAUGGGAGGUGAGUCACAGGCAUCAAAGUGCUGUUUUUCCCAUACACACUCCUUUGUACAUGUGUCCCAGGUAUGGAGGUAGGUGGAGCAUUAGAAUAGUUAAAGGUGGUAUUUGUAUGCCUUCCACAUCUAUACUUUUCCAUUUGCUUUUGAAAGUUACAUGAACCCUAAAGUUAAAUGUAUAUAUGGGAGGAAAUCUAUGUUCCUCCCAUUUGUUGUUGUUUAGUCGUGUCCAACUCUUCAUGACCCCAUGGACCAGAGCAAGACAGGAGUGCCUAGUGUGCUCUGGUCCAUGCGGUCACGAAGAGUUGGACACGACUAAACAACAACAAAUGGGAGGAACAUAGAUUUCUCAUUUCUUGUCAUUGUCCUGCCUCUUUAUGUCUAUAUGCACAUUGUAAAGGUGAGAGAGGUAUUAUUGAGCCCUAUAGCUAAUAGGUCCUUUCCCACCUGUAGGGUGUUGUGUGCCCAUGCAGGGAACAAAAUAUACCCACCAGUUUUGGGCAGAAAAGAAAGAAAAACUUGAGAAGCUCUUGCUAUAGUUGUCUAGUGAAAAGUAAUAUUGCAUAGUGCAACUACUAUUAGAAUUCGUGUAUUUCAGGCUUCCUCAGCCUUGGCCCUCCAGAUAUUUUGGCCUACAGCUUCCAUGAUCCCUAGCUAACAGAACCAGUGGUCAGGGAUGAUGGGAAUUGUAGUCUCAAAACAUCUGGAGGGCCAAAGUUGAGGAAGCCUGGUGUAUUUCAUAGUAGUCUUAAUUCUAUUCUAGGACACAUGGUAGCUAGAAAAGAAACUGAGGCAUCUGUAGGCUUCAGCAAAAAUUCAUUAUGGCUGCAGUCCUACAUACUUAGCCAUAGGUAAGCCUCGUUAAAUUCAAAUCACCUUCCCUAUUUAUAGGAUUAUAUUGUGCUGUUAUAUACUGUAUUGACUCCAAACCAAAACUAAUCAUACUUAUAUCAAUGGGACUUAACUAACUUGCUCAGCAUCAAACAGUGGUUGGAGAAUUAGAUUACCAGGUUGCUAGUAUGUUUGAUUCCAGCUGUAUAUUGGUCUAAAAGGUGUUUGAAGACAUGUUACAGCAGUUGUUACAACAACAGAGUAUAUUAAGGUUACCAGUUUUUUUCAAUGAAUCCGGGGACACUUUUCAACUUCAGUGGAUUUUGUAUGGGGACUGAUUUGUAAAUCUGGGGACUGUCCCCUGGAAAUGGGAAUGUCUGGUAACCUUGAGUUAUAUCCCAUAAAAAUCAAUUGAUCAAGUCAGUGUCUUGGCGGUUGUAGCAAAGUUUACUUAGAAGGAACACUUUUUGUACGUUACUUUCUAUGAAGCAAUACGUUCAGUGCACCAUCUUGUGGCAGACGGCAUUAUUAUCUUUCAAAGCACAUUCUGGUUUGCUUGUUAAUAGAAAACGUUAUGUUUAUAUUCAGCCCUGAAGCAAUGUUUGCCUCUUAAAGUUCCAUUUGAAGCUGUGACACACCAUGCAGUUCCAUCAGACACUGAACACAUAAAACAGCACUGAUUUUCUUUUAUUGACAACGGGGGAGAAAAAGAAUCUGUCACCAUUUGGUUAACUGAGGUCUGUUUAAGUAAAAAAAGCAAAACAAAACGCAGUAAAACAAAUGUACGUGCAGAUGUUUUGCAGAUCAACCUGCUGAAAGGAAUAACCAAAAGACAGGUCUGAAGCUAAGAUCAGGCAGCGGGAGAUUAGCAAAUAGAAGGUAAAUGACAUUAUUAAAUAGGUCUUACUUUGAAACUUCCCAUAUAAACAAAGAAUAAACAUCAAUAACACCACCAAAUAAAGCCACAGCAGAUAAUAGUUUCUCCUCUAAGCUUUUGUACAUUAUAUAUUAACUUUUCUGCCUUUCAGUUAGUUCCUCUGAUAAGGUUGACUUCCGAGAAGUCUCAGCAAGGCCGUCUUGGAUAAACAUGUUAUUAGACAAUCAGCUGUCUAAUGCCUAUUAUAAUGAAGAAAUGGAGGGCAGCAUUUUUCUAUAUAACUGAAAACUUGAAGAUCAGGAUUUAUUUCCCCUUGAUGUUUGUUCUAUGCCAACGUUGGCCAGCAUCUGAAGAAUUUGGAAGGCAAAACGUGAGUUCUAGAAAAAGCUAGUUUCUUCUUGGUCCAUAUGUAGCCAUUGAGGAGAAUGUCUCUUGUUAACAUCCUAUUUUUGAUCUUGUUGAUAUUAAAAAGGAGAGCCGUCACAGUGCUUUUCUACAAGUAUAUAUAACAAUUGUGUUUUGCCUUUAGAGGUCCAUUUUUGGCUCAAAUCUUUCUUUUGUAAAUCAUCAGAGGCAGGUGUUGAGCUUUAAAUAUUGACAGAUUUCUUUUAAAAAGUAGGAACAUGUUGAAGCAUCUAAUAACUCCGCUAAACAUAUCCAAUUGACUUUGCUACAAUUCAAAACUGUAAAAAUGGUGGAAUGGAAGGAUACAAACAGUAUUGUUGACACUGUAUUGUCAAGUGUUUGCACUAAGACCCCAUGUACCAUAGAUUUAAUUUCUUUUAAAAAAUCAUAUUUAUAUCCAUUUACAUGAGACUUACACAUAUUAAAAGAAAUACAUACACAGUAAAUACAUAAAUUCUAGUAUUUUACAAUAAAACAGAUGAAACAAGUUUAAAAAUGAGUGUCUCCUUUUGAUAAAAGCUUUCCUGCACUUCAAUCAAAUUUAUGAUGAUAGAUACACUGGGGUUUAUUUAUUUUUUUAAAAAAACUUAAUUAGUAACUAUUACCUUAUUGAACUACCCAAUGGGCGCAGUCCAGCCAGUACUGUUGCUGCACAUUCUUUAGUCAUUUCAGUGGGGCUGUCUGAAACGUAUGUUACCUCCACUGAAAUGAAUUAGAGUUGCAUGAUGGUAGUACUUGGCAGGUUGCACCUUAAAACGCAAUUUGUAAAAAGAUCUCCAUGUAGUUUAGUCUGAUAAAUAUUCUAGUGUACUUCCUUAUACCCUGUUCUUGAAUAAAAAGCUUCUUUUCAUAACGUGGUGGUAGUGCACUUCAGGUAAAGUAGAAGAGUUGGCAUCUAGAGGUGGGGAAAAAAUAGUACAUUCAGUAAUAACUCCAUUACAGUAUUCUGUUACUGAGGCAAUGGUCUCCAACAUGGUGCCUGUGGGCCCUGCAGAAGUCUUCCCUGGCAAUGCAAGGCACCCUUUUUCAUCCCUCUACAGAAAUUAGGCUCAAAAAUCAUUCUGGAGUAGCCACAAUACAGUAAGUUGUGGUGUGUGCAUAAUUACAGCCUCCCAAAAAGGUUGGUGAUCUCUAUCUUAGGCUCAUUAUUAAUGAGUAGUAAAUGGCUUCUAGCACAGCCCUGCUGAAGCAGGCAGGAUUAUUGUGGAGAAAAGGGGCUGCAGACACAAUGGGGAAAAUCUGUCUUGAGGCGCUAAGGAAAUUUAAACAUAGGCAGUAUCUGUAGGUAUUGAGCUACAAGCCCCAGAUUCCUUUUACCACUCAGACUUAACAUUUUUGAAUUUGGAUUGUAAUUGUUUAGUCAUACAGUGGUACCUCAGGUUAUAAACACCUCGGGUUACAGACUCCGCUAACCUGGAAGUAGUACCUCGGGUUAGGAACUUUACCUCAGGAUGAGACCAGAAAUCGCACGGCGGCGGCAGUGGGAGGCCCCAUUAGCUAAAGUGGUACCUCAGGUUAAGAACGGACCUAUGGAAUGAGUUAAGUUCGUAACCAGAGGCACCACUGUAUAAUAUACCGAAGCAGAUGUGUUAAUACAAUAAAUAGCCCACUUGGAAUUUCACUAUCUUAAUUGUUUUGCAUCUUUUUAAGGUAAUAUAUUGGGUUGCUUUUUUUCUCUCUCUAGUAGGAUUGUUGGUAAUGUAGAAUGUUUCCUUUGAUAGAUGCCGGUUGGGAAAUGUUUCAGAUGUCAUUGGUGAUAGUAUUGGUCCAUAAAUUACUGUAGCUACCAGUGGAAUAAAUGUCAAGGGCAAUGGCAUUUGCAAUGAACCCAUAGACUACCCUCUUGAAUAGUAGUAGUAGUAGUACUCCUUGCAAACUGCACUGAUUCAUUUUUCUAUACCUUUAGCACAUUAUUUUUGUCUGCCUAGUGCUGUUUGUAUUUCCUAAUUUUAGAAUUUGUAUUCUCAAGCAAUGGCUGACUGUGGUAGUAGCAGUAGAUUAGAUAAUCAUAGGUUUGAUAUUUGCAAGCAUUGGCUCUUUACUAUCUGAACUUGCAGUGAAAUUUGUAAUGCUCUGGGGCACUCAAUUUCAUACCCUUGGCAUGCUAACAACAGCCUACAUAGCUCUAAUUACAAGCUAUUCCAUUUCAGUGUUUUUGUCCUCAUUUGGUUUAAUGUUUUUUGCUUGGGAGGAAGGAAAAGCUUUCCCCCUCUCCAUUCAGAGCUAAACUACACAUGGCAUUAAUGAUGUGUGUAAACAAGUGUGCUGUGUCUGUCUGCUUUUAUUUUGGAGAGAAACCAUCUUGGGGCCCGGUGCUGGAAUCUGCUUCAAAUGUGGCUGGGGUCCUAUGCUAGUUUUCUGCUGAAAAGUGCACCAGCAUGGUUGACAUUUGCCCUGAAGGUGGUGUUUUGCAGUGUCAAAAAUUGUGUGACUGUUGUUAUUUGUACCCCACCCAUCUGACUGGGUUGCUCCAGCCACGCUGGUUUCCACCCAGCUAUGCUCAAGGAGCAGAAGUAAGACACAUGAUAAAACAGAGGAAAGUAAAUUGGGGUUUAUGGAAAAGAAAUAUUCACAUGCUCCUCAAUGGAGCAGUUUAAGGAAGUCUCUCAGCCCCUCAUGGGAGCCAGAGGGUGGCGUGAUCAGCUGAGAAGUGGUGGGUGUGCAGCCUGUGCAGGGUGUCAGUCACUUCUGGAGCAACCAAGCCCUGCCUCUGGCUUGUGGAAGCUGCCAGAGCAGUAUGGGAGGCUUCCCACCUCUCAGUUGAGUGGUUUAAGGAAUCCCCCUCCUGCUCACAUCAGCCAGAGGGGAGAAGCUUGAUCAGCUGAGGGGCACGGGACUGGGUGAUGUAUUUCAGCUGCUUCUGAGGAAGAAGCAGCCAAGAUACACUUCACACACACUGGUAUUUAGCUGCUGAUACAUCACAAUGUUAAAAACCAGUUAUCACCCAGCCCUAGUCCUCUAUACCCUGUUCUACUCUUUAGGCUGCAGGCAGGUUCCUUAGAUUCACUUGAGUCUCAUCCCUAGGCUUAGAUGUUGAGAACUCAUAGCUGCUUAUUGCUCAGUGCUGUUAAUGUGCAGACAAAGUCUAAGAAUAGUCAGAAGUUGUAUAGCCCAGGCAUACCUUCACUAUCCCAGUGCCCAGACGUACUUCAGUGAGAACUUCCCAGGCCCUUUGAGAGAACCCUACACUGCUAUGGUUAUUGUUUCAGUUCUGCCCACUCCACCCCAACAACAAAUAAGAUAGCUUUUUAAUCACUCACAUGAGUUCACCUCCAUCCUUUUUUCCAUGCCAGCCUUGUCAGCACGAAUACGUGCGAACCGUCGAGCUGUCUAGUCUCUGCAACCGCGCUGACGCCACUGCAAAUUGAUAACCAAAACAACAAGAAGAAUCUUGGAAUUAGAGGAAGAGGGAAAAAACAUGGAUCCCACUCUGUAAGGUAUUCUCUGUGACCCAACUCUUGAAGCUUAUUUAGUGUGGAUUGCGCACACGUACACUUAAUGUUCAAAAAGGGUGUAUAUCCAGAGUGCCUGAUCUGUGUCCCAGAUUUUUUUUAAAAAAGAUUCUGACCCUGCUAUCAGGGCAUUUGUAUGUACCUUACCUAUUUGACCAUUAUACCCAUAUGUUAUGCUAUUUAUUUAGAUGUUUUGCUUAUGCUGGUCUGUGACCGAAUAAAGUGAAUUCAUUCAUUCCCACCCAAAUAUGGAUAUCUGCUGGAACAGGAGACACAGCAGACAGACCAUGUGGUUGGGUGGGGAAGGUUCUCUUUUUGCUCUUGUGAUGAUAUGAGACAAUUGGGGAAAGAAGGUGUGUACAGUGGUACCUCGGGUUACAUACGCUUCAGGUUACAGACUCCGCUAACCUAGAAAUAGUGCUUCAGGUUAAGAACUUUGCUUCAGGAUAAGAACAUAAAUCGUGCUCCGGUGGUGCGGCGGCAGCAGGAGGCCCCAUUAGCUCAAGUGGUGCUUCAGGUUAAGAACAGUUUCAGGUUAAGAACGGACCUCCGGAACGAAUUAAGUACUUAACCCAAGGUACCACUGUACUGCUUCUUAGCUCAAUUAGUUGCAGCCGUAUGGAUGAAGGGCAGGUUAUGAAUAUAAAGAAUAAAUAGAAUGGAUAAAUAAAAUGUAGAAAUGAAAAAUACAUUCACCCCUUUCAGGCAUUUGAAACUGUGUAAAUACAGGUGUAGGGCAUGGGGACAAGCAUAUGAGCUCAAGGUUUGCUUCAGCUCUUUCAUGUACCGCUAAAUAAUGGUUUAGUAUUACAUCUCUUAACACAUUUUAUGUGUAAAUAUUUCACACCAACCAGCACCUAAGUCAGUGAUGCUUUGCUGCUGGCUAUAUUGCUUAUGCAAGGUCGGCAUAUUUUCUUCCACAUAGAUAAUGAAUGCUUAGACAACCUUAGUUAUGAAAAUAAGCGUUAGCCCCAUACCAUCAGUUGCCAUUUUUCGUGACUGUCCUGAUGUUGUAGUUAAUCUGAACCCAGCUGGCAGUGUUUCUGAGGAGCCAGGCAUCAUGCUGAUUCCAUGGACUUCACGUGGGGGGAAUUGUCUUCGCCAGGAAGAACCUCGCCUGUAAUUCUUGUCAUCACUCUGUUGACACACAAAUACAGUAUUUAAUUUUGCUAAAACUGAAAGCUAGUCUUCUGCGUAGUUAAAACUGAACAGUUGAGGAAUAGUUAUCAGUAGAAAAGUGGACUUCUGCUCGUUACAAAUAGAAACAGAAACCUGACAAGGGAAUUUUAGGCUGGCCAAUGAAUAGCUUUAUCAUUCCUUUUGAACACAGCUAGAUAAAAUGGUCCAUAUAUAGGCAUUGCUACUCUAUGGCCAGAACGCAGUGAAAAAGUGAGCCAGAUAGAGACACUGAAAUAUAGGAUGUGCACAACAGAGCAUCAAACGGAAUGUAAUAAAUAACCCUCAACUCAUCCUUUGAUAUGAUCCCCACUGGACCCAAAGGGUAGGAAGAUGCUGACUGGAGUGCUGGGGAGAUUAUAUGCUGCCCUCCCACCAUUGAGAUACUCAAACUAAUAUACCUCUGUGGUUUUAUUAUUUAACAAAUUACCAAAAGAUUAAAGAGGGAUGAUGUAUGCCUAUCUAAAAUGUCCUAUGUGAACAGUGAUAAUAAGAAUAUAAUCAAAAAAUGGGGAUAGGUGGGUGGGCCACAACUAAUGAAACUGACUAGUAUGUUUAGUGUUUUUUUUUACUAAAAGCUGUGUUCUGUAAGACUGUAAUUGCACAGCCUCCAGUGGAGGAUUUGCAGUAUUUCAUCACAAUCCUGAAUUUGCAUGAAGUCAGGGUGGGAUAGGAGAGCAAAAGAGAAGGCAGGCUUCUCAGCAGUAAAAGACUGAGUAAAGAAGGGAUGGGAGGAGCACAGAGGGAACAGCAGAGAUUUGAAUAAAGCAGAGAUAGAAAAAUGGAGGGGGGAUUUUAAAGAAUGGCAGAAUUUUGACUAGACUGAGCAGAGAGCGACCUGGGAGAUCUGCAGGUUUAAAACAAAGCUUGAGUAUAGCAAGGAGGAAGUUGGGAAAGUCUCUGUUGUAUUAGCUUCUGUGUUGUACCUGUCACUGCUAUUUUUCCUUGUCAAAUCUGGUUGUGUGUGUGUGUGUAUGUAUGUAUAAGAUAGAUAGAUAUAGAUUAGAUAUAUAGAUAUAGAUAUAAAUAGCAACCCUUCAGUGUCCUUCCGUUCCUGCUUUGCUCAAACCUCUGCCAUUGUUUGAGGAAAGCAAGAAGAAAGAAUAACUGAAAAUAAAAAUAUGGCUUUCUCAAACUUCUUCCUCUUCCAUUCCUCAGCUGCCUCAUAUGAGGGAGAUCAAGGAUGUGAAGCCCUCAAAUAUUCUACAGUACCUCUCCACAAUCAUGCAUUUCCUGGUACCAUGUGCUGCCUUCAACAUGGAAGUUCAAGAUUCAAUGUUGUAG